AUGUGUCGAAAACGUCUUGCUCUGGAAUGUCGUGACAGGACAGCGUGUUGCGCUGUUACGUGGCGAGACUUCCCCGUCACUCACAUUGCCCUUCGACCGGGUAACACCGUGUUGGCUGUCGGCUAUCAGGAUGGCAGUGUUGGCAUGUUUGAUUUGGACAGCGGCGAUCGCACCGUCCUUCUUCAUGGACAUAAAAGGGCAAUCCAAACAUUGGUCUGGAAUUCUUCUGGGACAAGACUUGCGUCAGGGUCUCUCGAUACCGAAAUUAUUGUUUGGGAUGCAGUGGAAGAGUCGGGCUUGUACAGACUUCGUGGUCACAAAGAGAAAGUGAACUCAGUUUCAUUCUUGAGCAAGCCUGGAGAAGAAAAAGAGCGUUUUCUCAUCUCGGUGAGUUCCGACCGAAUGAUCAAAAUUUGGGACCUGGAUACGCAACAUUGUCAAGUCUCCAAUAUUCAUCACAAAGCACAGAUAAACACGAUGGUGCUGAUGUCUGACUUGGUCAUCUGCGCGUCCGAUGAUGCUACUCUUCGCUUUUUCAAAAUCACGUGGCAAAGUGAUGAUGAAAAGCGCUUCGAAGAUGGCGCGGAGCUGAAACUUGAUUAUUUCGGCAGUACGAACAGGAGUGCCACGGACAAAACGACAUUUCUGACAGUGUCGAAAAACUUGCUCGUUGCACACGGACUCAAGAACGUCAUCGACAUCUGGAAGCUUAAUGAUGCUGCUGAAGCACGAAAACGACAAAAGAAACGAGUGAAAAAAGCGAAGCGCAAAAUAGAGGCAUCGGAAAAUGGAGAAGCAUCGUCAGAAAUAAUCGUAAAUGAAGAUGAAACGAUUGAAGAUCGACUUGGUAAUAAUGUAUCGCACAAGUCCGGUGGCAAGCUGCGCGGUCUCUCAGUUAUCCACGCUUCAGCGCAAGAAAUAAAGAUCGUUGCGCAGCACACCUCAAACCAACUUCAAAUGCACUCGUUGAGGAGCGAUGUAUUCCUCGUCGAGAACCUUGGAAAGCUAACCCUAGCUGGACAUCGAGAUAGUCCACUAGCCGUCACAUUCUCUUCCGAUAACCGUGCUAUUCUUACGGGAAGCAACGAUUGCGUGAAAGUAUGGUCAGUAGAAACAUGUAAGCCUGUGAGAACCGUGGAGACUGAACCAGUGACUACCGUUGCUUAUGUACGGGGCGAUAGACAAGCACUUAUUGGUACAAAAACUGGAAAGCUUCUUCUAGUUGAUAUUGCUUCUGCCGAUAUUCUAGAGGAGAAGGAAGCGCACGAAGGAGAAAUUUGGCAAAUAAAAUCAUCUAAACAAGAUUGGGCUACAGUUGGAACAGAUGGGCAGAUGAAACUGUGGAAAUUGGAUUUCAAGAAAGACACACUCACGCUCAAGCAUACAAAAACCCUUCAGCUGAAAGAAAGCAUCCUUGGAAUUGAAUUUACCAAGGAUAAAAAGUUCAUCGCUGUCGCGCUGAUCGAUAGCACCGUGAAAGUUUUCUACAGAGACACGCUCAAGUUCUGGAACUCCAUGUACGGCCACAGUUUACCAGUCAAUUGUUUGGCCGCUUCGGAUGAUUCAACCUUGAUGGCGACCGGAUCCGCAGAUAGAACUGUGAAAAUAUGGGGCAUGGAUUUCGCCGACUGCCACAAAUCAUUUGUCGCUCAUGAAAAAGGCGUCGUCUCGGUUUCAUGGGUCGUUGACACUCAUCUUUUUUUCUCGAUGGGCAAGGAUGGUUUUAUCAAACAGUGGGAUGCGGACGGAUUCCGACUUAUUCAGAUUCUUUCCGGACAUCAAGAUGAGAUUAACAUGGGUUUGGUGUCCUAUAAUGGCGAUAUGGUCUGCUCCGUGGGUAAAGACAAGUCUAUCAGACUGUGGGAACGAAGCGAAGAGGUCGUCGUUCUUGAAGAUGAGGAACGAAAGAGAAGAGAGGAGGAGGCAAAGAAUGCGUACCAAAGUGGGGAGCAAGACGCCGACACUGUCAUUCCUGGAGUUAACCCAGAUGCGGAAGCGGCAGUCGCACAAAUUCACCCUGAUCUCGCGGCUAACGCUGCUGAGAGACUUAUCGAUUCGAUCGAAAUCCAUUACCAAGAGAAGGUGAAGAACGAAAACGAUGCUAAGCAUCCCAUUUUGGCACAGUUGGCGCUCUCAAGUGUUGAUUAUGUUAUCAAAAGUAUUAACGAAAUUCAUCAGCAGGAGUUGGAAUCGGCUCUGCUCCUCCUACCGAUGCAGUUUUUAACCGAAUUCAUGAAGAUUUGUUGUGAUGGAAUAGAGCGACGUAAAUCGGUGGAACGCUUGUCAUAUACGCUCGCUGCGGUUGAACGACUGUUUUUUACACAAUUGACAGCAUCAUCGAGAUACUCACAGCUUUUGGAAAGGUGCCGCAAAGUAACGGAGGACUCGCUUUGUGAGUUGAAAGAAGUUGCCGACUUCAACCACGCUGUUUUGAGUCUACUACAGAGCAGUAUGGGAAUUCGGAGAAGGGCGGUUGAUCGUACCAAACGCGUUCGAUAUUACAAGAUUCAGUCGCAACAGUCGCCGAAACUGCCAAAAGCUGGCGCUCUAAGAAUGGGCAACGAAAGUUCGAAGAAAGGCAUUCCUCCUCCUGAGAAAUCUGGCUAUCCUACACAAGGAGGUGCUUCCUAUCCCAGUCAAGGAGGUUCUUCGUAUCCUUCUCAAGAGAAAAAGUCACCCCAAGGAUAUCCAGGAGCCCCUGUUCCACCUGGGCAAGCAGUCCAACCUCCUCACUAUCCAAAUCAACCGGCUUAUCCUCCAGCACCACAUCAAGGAUACCCGCCUUCUGCAGGUGCAAAUGCACCACCUCCACCAUAUGCUCCUCCUGGAGCUCCACAGCAUUAUCCGCCCGUUCCUCAUCAAAACCCUGGAUAUCCACCGGCACAAGGAAUGUACCCGCCUCAUGGAGCCCCUUCGCCGCAGCAUUUUCAACAAGGAGGUGUUGGUUAUCAGGUCAUACCGGGACAGUUUCAGCCUGGACAACAAGUAAUCGUCAACGGUGGCUUUGAUGCGGGUGCACGAUUCAAUGGAAACGCGUCUAUCCCCCCACCACCUCCUGGAUGUGCUCCAAACGCAGCUCAGGUGGCCCAGGCGCAAGGUGCAAACGUUCAAAUAAGUCAGAAAAAGGAUAAUUUCGUCACCGGUGGAGGCGGCGGUGGCUAUACCAUGUGGUGA